AUGCUACAAAAACAUAUAAAAAUCCGAAGUCUAGUGCCUAAUCUGAAAUACACGUAUUACGCUAUCGCUUCACGUGCUGCUACUUCUCCGCCGAAGAUGCAAUGCUUUCUCGUUAGUGAGGUUCUGUACACGAGGGUCGAUGUUGAUUACGGUUUGUCGAGCUCCAUAUCCUGUUCCAUCGACGAGUCGAUCUACGAAUGUCGUGAUGAGGUUUCUUGGAUUGUUGGAUUCGAGCGAAGAGGCUUCUCUCAGAUGUCACAUUCUUCGUUUGUCGUGCAGUCUCCUGGAUAUGGAAAUGCAUAG